CAUGUGCUCUCCACGCUCAGUCAUCAGAUAGGACUAAGACAGACCGGGGUCACCCAAAGAUCUGACCAAAUCCACUUGUACCUACAGUCACCAUCCAUCACCAGAGCUGAAGUAGACUUUAAAGAUAUCCUGGUGUUCUUCAGCGUCUUCAUGCGCACAAGAAAGAAGGCCUAUCAACUCUAAUUUUCAAAGGAUUUAAUAACUAAACCCUCUAUCCCCCUCGAAAAUGAAGGCAUUCAGCAUUGCAGUUGCAGUGACACUCGUGCUCGCCUUUAUUUGCAUUCUGGAGAGCUCUGCCCUCCCUUUCACCGGGCAGGUGCAGGAGCUACAGGAGGCAGAGAGCAGUGACACUCCAGUUGCGGCACCUCAAGAGACGUCAGGGCUGUCAUGGCUGAUGCCAAGUCACAUCAGACAGAAGCGUCAGAGCAAACUAUCAUUCUGCUACUACUGCUGCAAGUGCUGCAAGGGCAACAAGGGCUGCGGACUCUGCUGCCCUUUCUGAGGCUUCCAGCAACAACUACUGAAUAUUAAUUUAUUAUGCUUUUACAUUUAUCCUCACAAUGACCUUUUUACACAAAUGCUGGAUGUUGUUUUGUAUUAUUUUAAAGAUGGAUAAUUAAAAGGAAAAAAAUAUACAGAUAACUCUUUGUAUUAAUUUGGGAUGUUUUAAUACUUUAACAAUGGAAAUCAUUUUAUAAGCUCAUUGGAAUUAAUUGAAAAUUGCUCUUCUAAAAAUAAUUCUGAUUAUGGCUGUUAUGCAAAGUAGAACUAAGAUUUUGUUUGGUGUUGAGUAAAUAAUGAAAUUUAAAAUGA